AUGGUGGCCGAGGAACAUGUGGCACCAUCAAAAUCAAAUAUCGGUUUUUCAUUUGAGGUUUCUGAUGAUGAUGAUGAUGAUGAGGAGGAGGAGGAGGAUGUUCUUGUGUUUGAACCAUCGAAGGAGCCAGUCAAUGAGGCUGUGAUUUCUCCAGUUGAGACAGAGAAAGAAAUCAACAUUUUCAAGCAACCAAACAAUCCAAUGCUCGAACAGAUGGAAGCCCUUAUCGAAAAAUUACAAUCAACCGCGAGGAAGCCUCCCCAAGCAGUUCCUGUUACUACCGAGUCUCCAUCUAAGAGUGAUAAAGACGAUUCAAAUGCCUCCCUGACGCCAAGAAAGAGAAGACAUAGAGAUCUAAGGCCGUGA